AAUUUGCAAAAAUAAAGUCUAAAAGUGAUGAUAAGAAAACUAUAAUAGAUUAUACUACUCCCGAUAUUGAAAAUAGAGAUAAAGAAGAAUUCGAAUAUAUUAAUAAUCUUGACAAUAGCUUUGAUUAG